UACUGGUUCAAAGUAUCACAGGAAGCUUGUGAUGCGCCCAACAGAUAGGUAUACAAAGAUAUAAAGGCAUUUGAAUGUGACCAUGGCUGUACCUUAUAUUGCUACACUCGGAUUUUUCACCGUUAUAUAUGGAUGUUUGUUUUGUACCGGAUUUCCGAUAGGUCAUGUAGACACUUCCGUGGAAAGGUAUAAACAGACAAUGCCGGAACUCAAUUCUUCACUAUACAAAAGGGAUUGGCCAAUUACCAUUCCCUAUUGUGCCAAUCAUUUCCAUGACGACGUGGACAGUGUUUCUGUCUCUCCCCACCACGUACAAGGCACUGCUGGGGAUCCGCCCCUCAAAAACUGGGACCUCAUGGAAAAGAUAUGGGGCAGGAUCUGGUCGAUCCCGGUGACCAUUCUUAUUUUUUUUAGCAUGUGUAUGUGCUUCAAGGAAAGAAAAUACAGACAAGAUUUCAAGAGUGAACACCACCAGCAGGUUUGGUUUUGUGGGACAUUACAACAGAGAGAAACGAUACCGUGCAUACCUAAUGUUGGAAACACAUGCUAUAUGAAUGCGGUUCUGCAGGCUCUUUGCUGGACACCAAACUUCAGAGAACAAUUACAAACAUCCACAGAAUCAUUAGGUCCGGAUGAUCUAACUUGUACAGAUCAACGAAACUAUGAAGAUCGAAAAACAAACGGAGGGAACACGCCAAGCCCAAGGAUAGAUCGGUCCUUACUAGCACUGGUUAAGAAUGUCCAGGAUGGAAAGCGUGUGCCAGAAACAUUACCAAAAGCCAUACUCUGUGAUAUUCGACAACUCAAUGACAUAUUCCAGGGCCACAACCAGCGCGAUAGCUAUGAAUUAUUCAAUACUGUUAUAAAUGGACUGGAAGAUUUAUCACUGAAAAUGGUAUCCGGUGAUCAUGCACACGAAAAAGGUGCACAGAGCCAUGGUACUAGGCCAGUAGAAUCUUUGGAAGAAGAGCAACGCCGUUGUUGCAAUUGGAUGACCUUUACCAACUUUCGAGCUCUUAAGGAUCGAGAACAGUGUAUGAAUGCAUCUCCAGUAUCUCGUCUAUUUGGAGGCGUUUUCGUCACCGUCUUCACAUACAGUUCAUGCCAGCAUGUUGAGACAUCAUUCCAGAGAUUCACCAGUAUCCCUGUUCAAACAGAAAAAAAUUAUAAAGGAUCUUCUUUCCAAAAGCUGAAGCCACAUGGUAAUCAUGUAGAGAACUCAAAAGGUCAGCAGCAACCUUGGCAAACCCUGCCUUGUCUCCGCACUUUGAAUUCCAAAGGACGGGGACAGACAGACUUGGAGACUGGUCUUGCGCAAUGGACAGACAUAAACGAAAAUUUGGGCAAUCUGAGAUGUAGACUUUGUCCGAGCAAAAGCGAACCAGAUACCAACACGUUGACCAGAACCAGGCUAAUGCUUCUCUCAUUACCUCCUGUAUUGGUGUUUCAAUUCAACAGAUAUACAAAGGACAAUGGAAAACUAAAGAAAUUUGAGGAAUAUUUGAGUUACCCGGAAUAUCUUGACGUCGCACCAUUUUGUUCUUCGGCAUUUGAAAUUUUGGGUGACAAAGACCAUAAGGCCAUCUGGUACCGUCUCUAUGGUAUUGUAUGUCACCAUGGGUCAAUAAAAGGAGGUCAUUACACAUCUCGUGUUCGGACAACUGGCCAUCACAAAGAAGAUCUGAAGACAAGGUUCCUUACUCAAGACUGGAAUGAUCCAGAGAGGUGUGCCCAAGAAAUGUUGACUUUCUGGACAAAAACACAAGACAAUGAUACAGAUAAUGAUGGUGACACUGACAGCAUUAAGAAAGAACAGGAAAACAGGGAAUCACACAGCAAAAAUAACAAUAGCACUCCUAAAGAGGACACUUGGUACACUGUUAGUGAUACAAGAGCUCAACGAUGCACAAAACAGGAUGCUCUUUAUGAAUCUAGUGCAUAUAUUUUGAUGUAUGAACGCUUGUGAACCCGUUUUGCUGAAACCCCAAUAACACCUAGCCAUGUUCCCACAUCUAACGACGUCAAGGACAAUUUUGGAGGACACAAUGAGAACACAAUAAGAACUUGUACAAUAUAGAACAAACUCUGAAGUAACUGAUAAUUGAUUCUCCCACCAAAUGAUUACUUGAAAAUGAUCAUUGUCUCAGACAAUAAUAUUUGUAAUAUCUAGCUGCAUGCAAUACAGAAACUGAAACAAUCGAACGUCUUUUAUCAAACCUACCAACUGUGGAAAAAUUAAUAACCAGAAUUUUCUAUAAAACUAUAGUAAAGUAACUGAUUUUAGAUAAGAAAUGGCACUUUUUAGAGAGACAACUAGCUUUAAUUCAUUUAACCUUUUAAUUAAAUUUCAGUCCUAUUUGUGAAACUCUACAAAUACUCUGUAUAUAGGGAGGAAAAAACAAAGGCUGAGUCUGGAUGGUUUGAAUGAGUUUUGGCAUUAAAAUAUGAUAUUGAAAAGAAAACUGUCAAUAAAAGAUGUAUAUAUUGAAUGAUUUGAUCAAAUAUGGAUGGAAUUGAAAUAGACAUUUAAAAAGUAUGUUUUUAUGGUACUUUUUUUUAAUGCUAUUGCUGUAUGAAAAUGGAUAAAUGGAUGAUAACUUAAAUAUUGGGGUAAAUUUACACAAACUAUCAUAUUAGAUAGGUUUGUUUUGAUUCCAACCUUUCAGAUAUCUUAUGUGGUACAUGUAGCUGUAAUUUAUUAUUGAUAUUGAUCAUAUUUACAUAUUUGAGAAAAAAUACAUAAUAUAUGUUUGUAAGCCUUUUUCUGUGUCCUGCAAUAAAGAAGU